GUGUAGCGGAGAGUGUCAGCGACGGAGGGGCGUGUGGUGAUAAGAAAUGGGCGAUAGGUUGGGAGUAGCAUCUGUGGAGAUGGCCAAGGUUCGGGUCCGCUGGGGCACUUGGAUCCCGCAAGCAAAGGAAUGGACGUGGUUUAGAGUCAGGCUGGCAGAUAGUUCAUUAGUUUCAACAGCUACAUGCAGACGCAACAGUAGUAGUGGCCGCCUUGCUCCAUUUGGCCAGCGCCAUUCCCACAAUGACACCUGGUUUAUAAAUAAACAAGACCUGAACCCACAUGGCGCGGAAAUCCGGGGCGCCGAUCAUCGGUACCUGUGCUUUGAGAUCCAGUUCCACACUGCGGCUGAACAGGCGCUCGGCCAUCAAAAAGCAGACCGGAAACAGCCGGCGCUGUCAUCAAAAGCCAUCUUCCACCUAAUCAGAGAUCAGAUGCAGAUAAACUUUGGCGACUCGGGCGCCGGCCAUGUAGUAAUGGGCACGCAGGUAAAAUACUUUAGCUCGCGGACAAACAUGGGCAUUCUGAAGGUACCUCGAGACCAUUACCAGAUGAUAUGGUCAGCCCUGACGCUGACUACGCAGAUCAGCCGGACUCCGUGUAUGAUCCGGAUGUGGCAUGUCUCGGGCACGAUCAAAAAGUGCCAGCAGGCGGCGAUUAAGGUCAAUAGGAGUUUAAUUGCGAAAUGGCACAAGCAGCAGCAGGAGAUGGCCAAGCAGGGAAGCGGUGCAGCGCUGGCGAAUUCGGUCGAUAGUGUGCUGACGGGGGUUCUGAAGGAGUCGGAGGCUGAGAUUUCGGCGUUGGAGAUGUAGUUCUUUUUCAGUUUUGGGAAAUGUACUUGAGCGAAAUGCGUUGUAU